GAGCGUCGCAGGCAGAGGCGGGCGCAGGGCGUAGGUCUGUUCGGUUGCGGAGAUCUCGGCCUGAAGCCCGCCACGCAGAGGCAGGAAAGCGAGCACCGGGGCGGCGGCGUCCUGGAGACCCCAGAGAGAUGGAAGCGGCGGCGCCGGCGGCGGUCGAGUCGGCAGGGCACGAGGAGCUAGAUAUGGAUGUAAUGAUGCCCUUAAUAAAUGAGCAGAAUUUUGAUGGGACAUCAGACGAAGAACAUGAGCAAGAGCUCCUACCUGUUCAGAAGCAUUACCAACUUGAUGAUCAGGGGGGUAUUUCAUUUUUACAAACUCUUAUGCAUCUUCUUAAAGGAAAUAUUGGAACUGGCCUUUUAGGACUUCCAUUGGCAAUAAAGAAUGCAGGCAUAGUGCUUGGACCAAUCAGCCUUGUGUUUAUAGGAAUUAUUUCUGUUCACUGUAUGCACAUUUUGGUACGUUGCAGUCACUUUCUAUGUCAGAGGUUUAAAAAGUCAACAUUAGGUUAUAGUGACACUGUGAGCUUUGCAAUGGAAGUAAGUCCUUGGAGUUGUCUUCAGAAGCAAGCAGCAUGGGGACGGAGUGUGGUUGACUUUUUUCUGGUGAUAACACAGCUGGGCUUCUGUAGUGUUUAUAUUGUCUUCUUAGCUGAAAAUGUGAAACAAGUUCAUGAAGGAUUCCUGGAGAGUAAAGUGUUUGUUUUGAAUAGUACCAAUUCAUCAAAUCCAUGUGAGAGAAGAAGUAUUGACCUAAGGAUAUAUAUGCUUUGCUUUCUUCCAUUUAUAAUUCUCUUGGUCUUCAUUCGUGAGCUAAAGAAUCUAUUUGUGCUUUCAUUCCUUGCCAACAUUUCCAUGGCUGUCAGCCUUGUGAUAAUUUAUCAAUAUGUUCUUAGGAAUAUGCCAGAUCCCCACAACCUUCCGGUAGUGGCUGGCUGGAAAAAAUACCCACUUUUUUUUGGUACUGCUGUAUUUGCUUUUGAAGGCAUAGGAGUGGUCCUUCCACUUGAAAAUCAAAUGAAAGAGUCAAAACGCUUUCCCCAAGCAUUGAAUAUCGGCAUGGGAAUUGUUACAACUUUGUAUGUAACAUUAGCUACCUUAGGAUACAUGUGUUUUCAGGAUGAUAUCAAAGGCAGCAUAACUUUAAAUCUUCCUCAAGAUGUAUGGUUAUAUCAAUCAGUGAAAAUUCUGUAUUCCUUUGGCAUCUUUGUGACAUACUCCAUUCAGUUCUACGUUCCAGCAGAGAUUAUUAUCCCUGUGAUCACGUCUAAAAUUCAGGCUAAAUGGAAGCAAAUCUGUGAAUUUCUGAUAAGGUCCAUCUUGGUUGGUAUUACUUGUGCUGGAGCCAUUCUGAUCCCUCGUUUAGACCUUGUGAUUUCCUUCGUUGGAGCCGUGAGCAGCAGCACGUUGGCUCUCAUCCUGCCACCUUUGGUGGAAAUUCUUACAUUUUAUAAGGAACACUACAGUAUAUGGAUGAUUCUGAAAAAUAUUUCUAUAGCCUUUACUGGAGUUGUUGGUUUCUUGUUAGGUACAUAUGUCACUGUUGAAGAAAUUAUCUAUCCUGCUCCCAAAGUUAUACCUGGUACUUCACAAAGUCCCUCUCUAAAUUUGAAUUCAACAUGUUUUACCCCUGGUUUGAAAUAGCUGAUGUAGAUUUAUGCGUCUUCUACUUUUGUCUCAAUUCUGAAAAUGACUGAAAUAAGAACUAGUAGAAAACAUUGCCAUAGACUUAAAAAUAGAACUGAACUUUGUUUUCUUUUGGCACAGUAUUAAUAUUUUGGCACUAAAUUGUAAUUUACUAGUAAUGAUAAACUAUGGCAGAUUCUUGGUUUUAGCAAUAAUUUUUUAAAAUUUAGUUUUGAAAAUUGAAAAAAUUAAAAUGUUAAAUAUUUAAAGAAUAAAAUGGCUUCUAUUCCUUAUUCAGUCAGAAAUAGUUUAACCAAGAUCCUUUUAUCCCCAUGCUAUUUUUCCACCCAGUUGAGGGAUAACAGGAUUUCAACCAUAAGAGAAUUAAAACUAGGACAUGAGUGACAAACCCCAGACUCUCCUAGUGAACGUCCAAGCAUAUUUUGUGUAUAUACCUUGAUUAUGUUUUUAUUGGAGAGCCAAAUACUUAUGAUUAGCCCCAGAAAGUAUAGAAAACUCUUCAUUUACCAUAAUGUUAGCAUCAGAAAUCCAUAAAACCAGAAUUAUUUUUACAAUAUUCUGUAAUGGUAGUUGAUUUUCAUAAUGAAAACCAAGAGGCUCUAUGCAAGAUCUCUCAGCCUUGACAUCAAAAGAAGUAAUCUUUCGAUUCCCAGUCCAAGAUUUUUAAAGGUAUUUUUCACAUCACAUCUAUAAAGAGAGAAAAUUAUGUUCAGAUCAACUUUAGUGUUGAAUCCCAUUUAUAUUUUUAAUACUUCAAAGGCCAGUGAUCUUUGAACAGUAUAUGUGACCUGAGCAGAAAGUCAGAACUUGAAAGAGCCUGCACUGCAGCCACGCACACCUUAA